AUGGAGUGGUUUUACAAUGAACCUACCAACGAGCCCUCAGUGUUUGAGGGCGAUUCGCGCGGGUCAACCUCUACACCCAAUGCACGCUCGGCUGAUAUCUUCUCCUCGCGCUCAGCGGUUGAGUUGGAACCCAGAUCAGAGUGCGAUACAGAACCCGAAUAUUUUGGCUCAUCUGAUGAGCCGGAAGAAAUCUUCGCUCCUGAAGAGGCCUUUAUCAAGUUUUUCACCAGAUCCACAGCAGGUCAACCUGGGGCAGAUUUUUCCUCGGCUAUCUAUGCAGAAGCAGCGACCAACGAUGUCCCAAAACAUGCUCCUCGUCGCAACCCAGCUGGUGAGUCUCGCAAGGAGUGUAUUGCACGCCUCACUGCCGAGCUUGAUUCCCUUGAAACACAGACUAGCAUCAACUCGGCAGAAGCAGCAGACCCACUGGAAGAUCUAUCAACGCUUCGCGCACAAUUAAAAAGAAUUGAGGAGGCAGCCAAUACUCCCCCCUCUCUUCUUCUUCGACAGCGACAUCCCAGAAAGGAUAUUACGGAUGAAGAGAGUACCAAUGUGAGCGCUGGACUCACGAUUCAACUUGUUUCACUAGAUGUCACAGCAGUCUCUGUUCUUGAAGGGCGUGUCUCAGCACUGGAGCGUUCAAUAGGGCUCACUCAUAAAAGCGAGUUCUGCAACGGAAAGGCAAUGGCCGACAUGUUGCGCGAAAUUCAAGGUCGUGUCGAGUUCGCCACCGACGAAAGCCUCGCAGAGCGGCUGAAGGGGGACGCACGAGAGAUUGCUGAAGUUUUACAGAAGGAGCUGGAAAGCCAGCAGGGUGCCGGCUUUGUGAAAUCGGCAACAGUCCUAGAGAAGAUGGAGAAAUGGGAGCGACUUGCUGACACUGUUCCAAUCGUGGUAGAAAGACUGAGAUGCUUCAAAAGGCUGCAGGAAGAAGCAGGACACUUCGUUGCUAGUUUAGCUGCACUGGGAAAGCAGGUGGAUUCACUGGCGAAGAGAAGCGAAAUCAACGGAAACUUGAUCGCGAAUGUAUCGAAAAACUUGGAGGCGAAUUGUGCUGCAGUACAGACGAAUCUCGACAUCUUGGAGCGCAAGCUAGCAAAGCAGAUAGAUAAGGCAGGAUGA